GAGAAGAUUACUUCACUGGCUGAUAACUUUAGAGGUCGGUCGAAAUAUUUCACACCAGUAAAACAACAAAAUUUCGUGAGAGCAUUACCAGAUUCUCCACAAUUAAAGCUGUUGAUGAAUCAAUAA